AUGGGCGUUGGCGCGGUCUUAGAACCGCUCGUGGUCAUCGUCCUACUAUUUGGUGGCACCUGGAUCAAUCGACGGAGAAGUCCUUCUGUCUCUCCAAGUCACACCCGUCGCAAGUCAUCCGGUCUUGUACGAUCUGACUCCCCUGAUUCUCUCGAGUCCGGAUACGCCAGCGCAACUCCCAAGGAUGGACUCUUAAGCCCGCGUUCUGAUUCCCCGUCCCUGCAGCUAUCCGACGAGCGAUGGCGGACACGACAGAUCGGUAUACUACGUUUAUCCUUUUGUGUGACAUCUCCGAAUACGACUAUCUUUCAUGAUCGACUAUUGAGUCGACUGCUGAGAAAGCUACCAUUUUUGGCAGAGUGCUGGUAUUGGGCAUUGGUAUAUUGGACAUAUCAGCUUGGUCGAGCUUUUACCGCCGUGACUCUCCAGGAAGGCACUGUCGAUGUUGCCCGUCAUCAUGCCUUGCAGCUGGUUCGAUUGGAGAAAAAGCUAGGCAUAUUCUGGGAACUUGAGGUUCAGAAAUAUUUCCUUCGUCACCCCUUGGCCAUGGCUUGGAUCAACUGGAUAUACUCCUUUAUUCAUAUCCCCGGCACCAUCGCCUUCCUGGUAUGGCUAUAUUACUACACCAUCACACGAAACCGCGUCGAUGAGCCCCAGCCAGGCAAACCUCGAGGCAUGGCGAGCGGAUCACCAGCCGGCCCUCUUCUCUACCAGGCUCGACGACGGACACUAGCAGUGUGCAAUUUAUUAGCGUUUGUCAUUUUUACCUUGUGGCCAUGCAUGCCACCGCGAUUGCUCAGUGACCCGACUGUCGAGGGCACCGAUGCAGAGCUGGGCCGCAUCUAUGGCUUCGUCGAUACCGUUCACGGUGCUGACGGAGUGGGAAGUGUAUGGACCGAGAACCGCUUCUGUAACCAAUAUGCGGCCAUGCCAUCCUUGCAUUUUGGAUAUUCUCUCAUGAUUGGGCUCACGAUAAUGACCAUCCCCCUUCCCUCACAUCAUCGACGGACCCUUCCACUCCGGUUUGCACGCGGCAUCGGCUUUCAGCUACCCUCCUACCAACGGCUUGCCUGUCUGGUGCUUGGAUUCCUGUACCCCUUCAUCAUUCUGGUUGCCAUUGUGGCCACUGCCAAUCAUUUUAUCCUAGAUGCGAUCGCAGGAGCGUUGGUCUGCGCUUUAGGGUGGCGGUUCAACGGAGGGUUGUUGAACCUGUUGCCUGUGGAGGACUACUUCCUCUGGGUUGUACGAAUUCACAAGCCCGAGCCCUCCGAGAUGAGGAUCAUCGAUAACUGGAAUGAUUGGUCCGGCGAUGAGGGUGAUUCAAGACAUGCCAUAUAUUCUUCGUGA